AUGGCUCCAAAAUCUCAAAAACAAAAGAGUGCUGGUGGCCACAAAAACACAAAACGGAGCAAAACCAAACAGAUAUUACCUGACAGGGAAGAAGCGGAACCUGUUACUAUGGAGAGCAUGGGUCAUCCAGAAAUUUAUCCUUUAGUGUUAACUACCCAGACCCAGGAAAUAUUUAACUGCCAAAUAGAUGAAGAUGUCACAGAUGAAAAACCUUAUAAACUUAUCAAAAAAGAAGAUAUUUUAGCAGACUUUAAAAACAGAGCUGCAGUGUCUGAUUUCUACCCAGUCAAAAAAGUUAUCCAGGAAUAUCCUGGAGAUGAGCUUCUGGUUGUUUAUGACAAAGGCUUCAGAUAUGGACUUAACUUUUAUCUUAUUGGAACAGAAGAAGGCAAAGAAAACUAUUUAAAUCGCCCAGAAGUACCAGAAGAACAGGAAGAAUAUAAAGAGCAUACUUCUGAAGAUUUAUAUAUUUAUAAACCACCUAUCUCUAAACCAUGGGUUUCUUUGGGCAGUGAAAAAGAAAUUGAUGAAGAAUCGGUUAAGGAAUCUGCAAAGCAGAUUACAUAUAUGAUUUCUCGAAAACGAAGUGAAUUUGGUGCUCCAGUUAAGUUCAGGGACCAAAAUGCUUCCAGCGUAAAAGAUGCCUAUAUUGAAUGUACAGCCUACCCAGAUAAAAAUUUUAUCGUUAAGCAACUUGAGAAAGAUGUUGGCAUGCAAGUCGUCCCCAAAGUCAAGGACACAAGUACUCAAACAAGAUGGACAUAUCCCAAAAAUGCCAGUACACAAUAUUAUCCAAGAGAAUUUUCAGAGGAGGAAAAAGAGAUAUUCGGACAAUCCAAGCCUUUGAUUGACUUUCUUAAUAAUGCAUCUAUAAGUGUUGAAAUAGCCCUGCAGCAAAAUGAAAUCAUGAACACAUUUAUUGAUGACUGGAAGUGCCUGGCAGAAGAAGAAGGCACCUUUGGAGACAAAACUGAUACCCACCUGAAAGAGUACCAGUCCUUUACCGACCUUCAUAACCUAACAGAGAAUAUGGUCACUUCCAUCUCAUGGCAUCCGACUAUCUAUGGGCUAAUAGCUGUGUCAGUGGCUGUAAGACUCUCCCUUGAAGACAGAGUCCACUUUUCUGGUAAAUUAUUGCUGCAGCCAUCACUAAUUCUUUUCUGGAGUUUCUCCGAUCCCAUACAUCCUCAGUUAAUGCUGGAGAGCCCAGAUGACAUCUUCUGCUUCAAGUUCUGUCCAAGUGACCCUAAUAUCAUUGCUGGAGGCUGCAUAAAUGGGCAGAUUGUCCUGUGGGAUAUUACUGCACAUGCAGAUCGCAUAGAAAACAUCAAGACAGGCGGUAGCAGAAGUAAAAAAGCCACGCUCAAGCCCAUGUUUCUCCUUGAACCAGACAGUAAUAAAGAAGCGAUGUAUAUCAGACACUGCGCAGUCUCCUCAAUAGAAAAUGGUCAUAAGAAAGUAAUUACAGAUAUACACUGGCUGUCUGACACAUUUGAGAUUAACAGAAUGGGUUCUGUCUUUGAGAAUCGAAGUGGAAUAUGCUGUCAACUUGUCACAUGUUCGGCUGAUUGCACAAUAUGUUUUUGGGAUAUCAGAUCACAGAAAGCUUUAACCCCACCACCAAUAGAGAAAAAGAAAGAAGAAAGUAUUGAAAUUCCUUUUGAUGUGCCAUCUACUUUUUUGCAUCUAGAUCUCUCCUGGAAACCCCUCAUUAAGAUAAGGCUGUCUAAAGGUGAAACAAGUUUAGACCACUGCCCAACCAAGAUCAGCCUGAGUGAGGACCAUCUCCUUUACAAAGCACAAGACAAAAUAUUAGCCCAGAGCAAAGUAGUGAAGGCAGGAGAGAUGAACCCAUACCACAAUCUGGAAGGUGCGUUGGCCAACAAUCUCAAGCCUAUAGAGGACUUCUGCACAAAGUUCUUUGUUGGAACAGAGGAAGGUGGAGUGAUAUAUACAGAUUGGAAAAUGGAAAGAGACCCUGAAACUGGCCGAUUGAUGGCAAAGAAGCCAGUGAACCUUUAUGCCGUCCAUGAUGGAGCUGUCCACACUGUUCAGAGGUCACCUUUUUACAAGGACAUUAUCCUCACCAUUGGAGGAUGGAACCUGGCCAUCUGGAAAGAAGGUAUUACGACUGGACCCCUCCUUCAGUCAUGCUGUGCACCAAAAAGGUACACAGCAGGCCACUGGUCCCUGACAAGGCCUGGAGUCUUCUAUAUUGGCCGAGAAGAUGGAUACAUCGAUAUCUGGGACCUUCUGGAGAAAACCCAUGAGCCAGCCCAGUCACAAAACAUCUGCAUAACCAUGAUCACCUACAUCAAACCCUGGACUUUUACUGCUAAGCAGCAAUUUAUAGCCAUAGCUGAUUAUUAUGGAACACUGCAUAUAUUGGAAAUUCCUUGGACAUUAAGUCACCCUUCCACCAAUGAGGCAUCAAGUAUGAGCUACUACUUUGAAAGAGAAGUCAAGCAUCUGGAAUAUGUAGAACAGCGCAAGAAAAUUCGUGAACAAGAAAAGAAGGAAAUGGAGCUGGAACUUGAGAAGAAAAAAACCAAAACAUAUCAGAAGUCAAAAGAACAGAUGGAGGCUGAAUUGAAAGCAGACUAUGACAAUUACUUAGAACUGGAAAAGAACACCCUCAUCAACCUCGGCCUCAUCAAAGUGCCAGAGACGAUGUCAUUCAUGGACUUGAUGUAG